GCGCGGCCGGCGGGGGCGGGGAGGAGCGGGAGCCGAUAAAAGGCGGCGGGCGGCCCCACCCCGCGGCAGGCCGGCGGGCAGGCUCGGCGCGUCCCUUCCGUCCGGCCCGCGCCGGCGGCGGGGAGGCGGCGCGCGCGGCCCGCAGCCCGCCCAUGGAGGCUUUCCCCUGGGCGCCCCGCUCGCCCCGCCGCGCCCGCGCCCCCCCGCCCAUGGCGCUCGUGAGCACCCCGGGCCCGGCGCGCCCGCAGCCCUUCAGUUCGUGGAACGACUACCUGGGGCUCGCCACGCUCAUCACCAAGGCGGUGGACGGCGGCGGCCGCGGCUCCCCGCCCUCCUCGUCGUCGUCGUCCUGCUGCUCCCCCCACGCGGGGGCCGGGCCGGGGGCGCGGGGGCCGGCGCUGGGGCCGCCCGACUACGACGACGACGUCGACGACGACGACGACAGCGGCGACGAGCCGGGCGCGCGGGGCCGCUACCUGGGCGGCGCGCUGGAGCUGCGCGCGCUGGAGCUGUGCGCGGGCCCCGCCGAGGCCGGGCUGCUGGAGGAGCGCUUCGCCGAGCUCAGCCCGUUCGCCGGCCGCGCGGCCGCCGUGCUGCUGGGCUGCGCGCCCGCCGCCAGCGCCACGGCCAGCGCCACGGCCGAGGUGGCGCCGCCGCCGCCGCCGCCGCCGCCGCGCGAGGAGCGCGCCCCGGCCUGGGCGGCCGAGCCCCGGCUGCACCCCGCCGCCGCCGCCGCGCCGGCCGCCGGCCGCCUGCUCAAGCCCGAGCUGCAGGUGUGCGUGUUCUGCCGCAACAACAAGGAGGCGGUGGCGCUGUACACCACGCACAUCCUCAAGGGCCCCGACGGCCGAGUGCUGUGCCCCGUCCUGCGCCGCUACACCUGUCCCCUGUGCGGCGCCAGCGGGGACAACGCGCACACCAUCAAGUACUGCCCGCUCUCCAAAGUGCCGCCGCCGCCGCGCAGCGCCCGGGACGGCCUGGCCGCCAAGAAACCGCGCUGAGGCCGGACGGACCCAGGACUCUUCUGCUCGCCGCUGACAAUCUCGGUUUUUCUCUCGUCUCUGCCCACGCAGCCUGCGAGCACUGCGCGCGGAUCCCGCUUCCCCGCCACCCGGCCCCGGAGAGGCGCGGCUUAGUUACUGUGUCCGUCGACCUGCUCUAGACGCGAGUCGGUAUGAGAUUGUCUCCUCUCAUCUUCGUGGUUUCGUUUUAUGAAUGGAGGCACUUUACUAGCCCUAGAAUAUUUUUUUAAAAGCCUCUGAACUGAACGGAAAACUUAGCGAUUUUAUGGAACGUUGGCAAAAUGACUUAUUGUUUGAAACAAGCUGUUUCUUGUCCCUGAUCGGUUGUUUGGUUCCCGGGGAAGCCAGCCCGAGACCAUCCCCCUUUCUGAGAAGUGAAGGCUUCAACUUGCCAGUGUUGAUUUGGGCGGGUGUCAUUCCCUCCUUGUGACUUGUUUGUCCUAGCUGGAGGAGCGACCGUGCACAAUCUGUAACAGGUAGAAGAAUAUGGCUCCUCCUUAUCAUUUUAUGUACCAGGUAUUUUAUUACUGAACUAGCAGCUAGCAUUUUUCACCUUUAAAAAAAAUCGUGCCAACUUAUAAUCAUAUUGUGUACACUUGAAACGGUGCUGUUUGAGAAGGUUGUGUAUUUAUACAGUAUCAGUUUAUGAAUUAAUCUUGUCUACAACUUUG